GACCGUCGGUGACGCGAACAAAAUCAACCGGAGGGUCGAGACUGAAACUCGGAAAGAGGAAAUCGCCGAGAAAUCUAUAUUAAGCCCAUGAGAUUCCUUCGUCUUGUCUUCGUUUUCAUCAUUUCGUUUCUCGUGUCUGCGAUCACUUCUUCUGGAGAUUAGGGUUUGCAGCGAAAACAUGGCUACUCUCGGAGGGCUGCACGAGUCCGGAGGAAGCGAGAACAGCGGCGAGACCCACGAACUUGCUCGUUUCGCUGUUGAUGAACAUAACAAGAAGGAGAAUGCUUUGCUUGAGUUUGUACGUGUGGUGAAAGCACGAGAACAGGUGGUUGCUGGUACCAUGCAUCAUCUAACUAUUGAGGCUAUUGAUGCUGGUAAAAAGAAGCUUUAUGAAGCACAAGUUUGGGUGAAGCCUUGGAUGAACUUCAAAGAGUUGCAUGAGUUCAAGCAUGCUGGUGAUGCUCCCUCAUUUACAGCUUCUGAUCUUGGUGUUAAGAAAGAUGGUCAUGGCCCUGGAUGGCAAGCAGUUCCAGUUCACGAUCCCGAGGUGCAGAAUGCUGCUGAGCAUGCUGUGAAGACUAUUCAGGAGAGGUCGAACUCCCUGUUUCCAUAUGAACUUCCAAGAGAUUUGUUCAUGCAAAUGCUGAGGUGAUCGAUGAGUCGCCGAAGUUUGAUAUGCUUCUGAAGCUGAAGAGGGGAGAUAAAGAAGAAAAAUUCAAGGUUGAAGUGCACAAGAACGCUCAGGGUACCUUCCACCUUAACCGGAUGGUGCCACAGCCCCACUCUUAAAUGUUUGUAUGUCUCCUACACAUACAUAAAUAUAUAUGUGCACCACAACUUGUGGACUUGUUGCAACUGAUUGCUUGCAUGUAAUAACGUGAAGAGUAUGUUAUUCAACUGUGGUUUAACAGACUUAAAAAAACAUUAUCUUACUUAUAACAAAAGCAUCUCAGUGUACGUUUCUUCUGUAA